UCUCUCUCAUUUAUGGUUUUCCAUCGUUACGAGCUCAUUUUUUUCGUUCUCAAUCUCUUUUGUGGACAUUACGAGAAGCGAGGUUGUAUCGCCGAACAAGGGAUCAUCGAUCAAAUAUGGGGAAGAGGAAGUCAAGUGCAAAGCCAGCUCCAAAGAAGAAGAUGGAAAAGCUUGAGUCUGUCUUUAACUGCCCCUUCUGCAACCAUGAAAAAUCUGUUAACUGCACCAUUGACAGGAAAGAAAUGAUUGGAGAACUAACAUGUUGCAUUUGCCAAGAGAAAUACAGCACUGCCAUUAAUAAUCUUAGUGAACCCAUUGAUAUUUACAGUGAAUGGAUUGAUGAAUGUGAAAAGGUGAAUGACAUGGACGGCGAGAUUUCUCCUAGGUCACCUCCUCUAACACACCAUGAUUCCUGGUGAAAGGCAAGAAGGAAAUGUAUUGAAGAUCUAAACCAUCAAGAAUGAUUUUAUCGUCUUUUAAUUUCAUAGGUUUGUUUCAUCAGUUUGAGCUAGACUUUGCGACUCUUGCCAUUAGAAUUCUUGUUAUCUGUAUAAAUUUGAUAGUUGAUAAAGUCAUUUGGAGUCA